AUGCACAAGGUCACAACCCGCCUCGCCCCCUGCCUGCGGCGAUCAUCCGUCCGCAGUUUCAGCACAACAAGACAAUGCACAGCGGAUCAUGUAAGACUAGUCGAAGUGGGACCAAGAGAUGGAUUACAGAAUGAGAAGAAAGCAAUCCCACUAGAGACGAAACUCGAGCUCAUCCGAAGACUCGCAGGCACAGGCGUCACCCACCUAGAGGCCGGGUCUUUUGUGCCGGCAAAAUGGGUGCCUCAAAUGGCUUCCACCUCGGAGAUAUUGGAGACUAUGCUUACUCAACCACCUUCCGCGCCACAUCCAAUCGCAUAUAACUAUCUGGUUCCAAAUAUCAGAGGUCUCGACAACUUGGUCAAAAUCUUGCAACAAAACAAUGCUCAAAAUCCAACAUCUGAGCCAACUCCCCCUCCCUCCCCUCACCCAGAUCACCCAUCGGCAUCUGAUGGUGAUCUUCUUUCCGCCGUAGCCAACUCCACCGAAAUAUCACUGUUUGCAGCGGCAACAGAAGCCUUCUCUCAAAAGAACACAAACUGCAGUAUUGCAGAGUCUCUGGAACGCUGCAAACCAAUAAUGGAGCUCGCCAAGAAGCACAACAUUCGUGUCCGCGGCUAUGUUUCGGUCGCCCUGGGCUGUCCCUACGAAGGUCCAGACACGGACCCGCACAAGGUCGCAGAAAUCACGGCUACAUUGCUGGAAAUAGGCUGUGAUGAAGUGUCGGUCGCAGAUACAACAGGCAUGGGCACGGCACCCCGAACAAGAAAGCUACUUCAAACUUUGAAAGAAGCAGGAAUUCUUGUGGAAGACCUUGCCCUCCAUUUUCACGACACUUAUGGCAUGGCGCUUGUCAACACCGUGGUGGGUCUUGAGCAUGGCGUUCGAGUCUUCGACAGCUCUGUUGGGGGACUAGGCGGUUGUCCUUAUAGUCCCGGUGCGACCGGUAAUGUUGCAACUGAGGAUUUGAUCCAUCUAUUCCACAGUCUGGGUUGUGAGACAGGUAUAGACAUGGUCAAAAUGGCCGAAAUCGGCAGCUGGAUCACUGCGGAGUUAGGUCGACCCAACGAUUCGAGGGCGGGAAAAGCUACGCUGUCAAGGCUGAAAAAUCCCUAG